AAAUCGAACGAAUUGAUGAAAUGAGAAAAAAACAUGAAUAUGAAUACAAUGAAAGGUUGAAAGAAAAAGAUAAAAUCCACAAACGUGAAAAAGAAGAAAGAGAAAGAACCUAUAAAUGGGAAACCGAUCUCUUACAACAAACCAUCAAUCGUUUGGAACAAACUAUUAAUGACUUACAAACCAACUUAGUGAAAAUUGGUUCAAAACAACUUGACCGCAUCCAAGAAGACUUUAAUCGUUUAACUGAUGAAAUUAAACAAUUAAAAAAAGAAAACGAAGAAUUAAAAAAGAAUAAUUCAGAAGCUUUGAAAAAUGAACUAAAAAAAAUCGAACAAAAAGAAGAACAAUGUCUAACUUCGUUACGUACCAAAUAUUAUGAAAACUCUACACUUGAUCAAAAAAUGAAUGAACUUGUUGAACUAUGUAAAGAAUUUGGAGCUGAAUUACCAAACUUUAGAAGCAAACGA